AUGACUCAGUUCAUCCUGGUAGGACUUGCAGACCAAAAUCAACUCCAGAUACCCCUCUUCUUCCUCUUCUUAUUGAACUAUAUGGUCACUGUGGUAGGGAAUUUGAGCUUAAUUAAUCAGAUAUGCCUGAACUUUCAUCUUCACACUCCCAUGUAUUUUUUGGUCUUCAACCUAUCCUUCAUAGAUCUCUGCCACUCCUUGGUCAUUACGCCUAAACUGCUGAUGAGCUUUGUGUCAGAGAACAUCAUCUCCUUUGCAGGAUGCAUGCCUCUGCUGGGUUUUCUUUUCUGUUUCUUUGUCCAUUCUGAAUGCUAUGUGUUGACAGCCAUGGCCUAUGAUCGCUAUGUGUCCAUCUGUAAGCCCAUUUUGUGCACAGUCACCAUGUCCCCUCAGGUCUCUUCUUUGCUGAUGUUUGGUUCAUAUGUAAUGGCGUUUGCCGGUGCCAUGGCCCACACAGGGCACAUGGUCAGAUUAUCCCUUUGUGAUUCCAGCAUCAUCAACCAUUACAUGUGUGACAUCUUCCCCCUCCUCCAGCUGUCCUGCAGCAGCACUGAUGCCAGUGAGCUGGUGGAUUCCAUUAUUGUGAGCACAGUUGUAAUAAUAUGUAGCUUCAUUAUUUUUGUUUCUUAUGCUUUGAUCCUCUUCAAUAUCCUCCACAUCUCAUCAGCUCAGGGUUGGUCCAAAGCCCUCAGUACUUGUGGCUCCCACAUAAUAACUGUUGCCCUCUUCUAUGGUUCUGGGUUGUUCACACAUCUCAGCACCUUUUCUGAUGGUUCUGUGGGCCAGGAGAAGUUCUUCUCAGUAUUUCAUACCAAUAUAGUCCCCAUGUUGAACCCCCUCAUCUAUAGUCUAAAGAACAAGGAUGUCAAACUUGCUCUGAAGAAAACCCUAAAGAGAGUUGCGAACUAA